GAUUGGUUGCCAGCGUUUUGUUGUAAAAUGGCGCCUUAGGAAACGUGAGCGUGAGCGAAAGAAAAAUAAGUGUUGACAACUCAAGCGAAAGCAAAGCAGACCGAGAGGUGCACUUUUUUUUAAAAUUAAUUUACAUUCGCUUCUUCUAAAAAGAAGCUAGUGCGAAAUUUCUCGAAAAUGUCCUUGUGAAGAGGCAGGAGAUGAAAUACAGGUUUUGAGGCAGUUGAUGCUGGAGUGAUUUAUAUUAACUUCAUGGAGGGCUCGGUGUCGUUCGAGGAGCUGGUGAAGGUGAAAGCACGCAGCAUCCCGCAGCAUCGCAUGAAAGAGUUUCUGGAGUCACUAGCUAGCAAAAGACCCGAAGCGUUGCAGGAGUUCGGCCAGCAUGAUGACCACAGCAGUACUCAACAAGAGACAAACUGCAUCUACAUGGACAGUGCCGAAGUGGCCGACUCACUCCUGGAGCUGGCCUGUCCGGUGCAGACAUUGUCCCAGCAACCAAAGCAAGGCUCUGUGGAGCCUCAGGUGGUAACCCAGCACCAGAUCUCAUCACAAAUUGGUACAGUGGAGCAUCAAUCAGGACAGGUGAUCGAGGAGAAGCAAACCCAGGUUGAAGCGUUUUUGUCUCAACAGCACACAGCACACAUUAUUCAGGCAGGAGACCUCACAGAGGAGCAACAACAACAGAUCCAGGCUCAGCUGUUAGCAGCAGUUGCUAACGGACAGCAGAUUCAGAUCCAGGCAGUAGGGGCUGUGUCUUUGUCCUCACCAUCCUCAUCUCAAUCUCAAAGUUCUUCACAUGUGAACACCACCAAUCAAACAGGUAUCCUCCAACCCACCAAGAAGGUCAAAGUGGAGCAACCGAUUACCGUCUCUUACAGCAUUCCUGGUCAGCAGUUAGCCACGUUGCUUACAAUUCCUCAAGGCCAGCAACAGAAUUACUUUUCUCUAAAGCCUGAUCUAGUAACUGUGGAAUGUGCUCAGCUGUACAACACAACUGGAACAAUUACCAGCCCCACUGGAGAGACAUGGACCAUUCCUGUGUAUACUGCUCCCACACAACAAACUGGCUUCACCCAUAUUGCCAUACAGCAGGACACAUACUGUACCCCUAACGAUGAGCACAAUAACAAACUGACUUCCGAGGGACCAGCGACAAUCACCAUUCCAUCUGUGGGCGGAGCCAAUGGACAGGAGGAAGUAACUAAUGCUCUGUUUCCCACACAGUUAUUGAACGGGAAUAUUCAAAUUCCAAUCACGGUCACUGGAGCGACAGCACUGUGUCCAAGUGGCACACAGACACUGCACAUUUGGGACCCUCAGGCCGGACAGCUUGUGCAGAUGCCACAGGAGUCGCUGACACAGAGUGCACCUGACAGCACGUCAUUGCCUGUCUCGUUAAACUCCGAGAUGGGGCUUGAAAUAUGGAGACAGUGGGCGGAGAAGAAAAACAGCGAGAUGGAGAAAGAGCAGAGAAACAGGCUAGCUCCUAUCGGCAGACGAAAGCCUCUACGAUUUCAUGAGGAUCUCUUAUGCACGUCUAUAGCAGAGCUGAGUUUGGGCUUAUCUCUGAUGACACAGGAGGCGAAGGGCUUAGAAGGCGAGACCUUAGGAGCCGACAUUCUUUAUUACAUUUUCCUUUGUAUUCAAAAGUAUAUGCUUGAUAACGAGAGAGUUGAUAAUAUAUUUUGUGAUCAGUACUAUCAACGGUUCCAGGAAUCUUUACAUAAGAUAUUAGACUCGUGGAAACCUGCAUCCAUCCAUCCGUUAAGUUAUGUCAUUCCUAGCCACGUGAAUGAAGAAAUGCUGUGGGAAUGCAAACAACUGGGAGCCCAUUCACCUGCCACACUCCUCUUCACGUUAAUGUUUUUUAACACAAAGUAUUUUCAUUUAAAAACGGUGGCUCAACACUUAAAGGUGGCCUUCACGAAAGUCUUACGACACACAAAGAAGAAUCCAUCCAACCCCAAAGACAAGGUCACAAGCAUUCGCUAUCUUAAAGGACUUGCACAACACCAAGCUGGACAGAAAGUGACUGAUGACAUGUAUGUGGAGCAGUCGGAGCAGCUGGACAACCCUUUACGAUGCCCUAUUAAACUUUAUGACUUCUAUCUCUUUAAAUGUCCUCAAAGUGAUAAAGGCCACAAUGACGUCUUCUAUUUGACCCCUGAGCCGGUGGUUGCCCCUGACAGUCCUAUUUGGUACUCCACGCAGCCUGUUUUGCAGCAGCGGCUCGAAAUGAUGCUCUCGCGCAUUCUAUGCAUGCGUGAAAUACAGGAGAUUUUCGCCAACGACGCCUAAUCUCUGCCUGGAGGAGUGGCCUGUAUGUCUUCACAUCUGCCAUAGUAGCUUGUAGUAGCAUGAGGGAGGAAGAGCACACAAAGGCACAAUCUCUCACUGUUCUUUUACCUGAUGCAAUUCUACCUCUGCUGCUUUUAUAAUCACCACAUUUAUAUAACUACUCAAAUCACACUAAAAGAACACCUGAGGGAGGGUAACUGUAGCCUACAGGUAUUACACCAAUCAUGAGUAUGAUUUAUAUAGUUAAAUGCUUUAAUAUGUGUCAUGCUGUUAUUUGAUGCAGUGGUGCAGUUGCUGAUUUUUAUCGGCCCUUUUUUUUUUUUCCUUUUUUCCAUGUUUGUUUUUUUUUUAUUAUCAUGUCAUCACUUUUUUUUUCUGUCUCUUCUUACUGUUUACGGUGUUGCCUACGGCUCAGAUGUAAGCUUCUUUUUUCAGGUCGCUGCUGUCUGGUAAACACAGACAAUUUACAUGGCAGUAACAUAAAGCUCUGUUCUCCUUUUUUUUAUUUUCGGUCAAACUUGACCGGAUCCACUCAACUCAUACGAAAUAAGUUGUUGCUUAAUUUUUCCUGAAGAGUUUUGUACCAAAAAAAACGAGACUAAAUGUAAAAUACAUUCUAUGGACUUGUGCAUAUAAUGUAUAAAUGAAAGACAACUUUUGCUUUUGUGCUACUCAUAUAAUGGCAUUGACUAAAGAACAGUACCUAAAGGGAAAUGUGUUUUAGCAUUAUUAAGGUUAUUAAAACAUGGCUGACCAAUCUUAAGAAGCUCACAAAUCAGAAUGGCAACUGUUUGAAACAUUUUGAAAAAAAUGCCUCCGAUUGUAUUGAUAUUCUUUUUGGUAUAUUUGUACAAAACAAAUUGCUUUGAUUAGACACUUAGUCCAAUUAAAAAACAAAAAUUUCAGUCAAAACAGUCUCUGAUUUGAGGAUCAUUCAAAUCAAUAAAAGAAAAAGACAUUGGUAAAUAAACUGAAAUUGUAAACUUUAUUCUGUGAAUAGCAAAAAAUGAAUGAUAAAAUAAAUGUACAAAACAACAGUGAACAUUUACACACCUUCAGUAUAAUGUUGCCACAUUGAUCAUGGAACAUUUCUAGGUGCAUAUAUUUUUAAUUGAGAAACCAAAAAAAUGACUACAUUUUUGUGCUCAUAUUGACAAAUCACCAUAAUAGACUCAGAAGGGCAAAAAUACAAACAAAAAGCUUUUUCUUCUAUGGUUCCUUUUGUUUAAAAAAAAUGGCUUUAAAUAUUUUAAUGUGGUUGCUGUCUUUUAAUUUGUUAAUAUUGUUUUUAAUAUUACAAUUUCAGUUGCAAAAUAAACAAGCUCUUUACACCUUUAAA